UUUGUUUAAAUAACUUAUAAAAUUUGAAAUGUAUCAUUAAAAUUAAUGCAGUUUAUACUUGAAAUGAAUCGAUUCUACGCCAAUCUGCAAUAAAGGGUGCGUCAACAUCGAACAUUUCUAACACAAUACUUUCGGUUAUGUCAUUCAGUAUAACGACAAUAUAAACACUGAUAAUUCUAUUAUGACCGACAAGAAGCCAGAGGAGGACGUAUUUCGUGAUACACCUGUGAGAUAUUUGGGAUAUGCUAAUGAAGUUGGUGAAGCUUUUAGACCAAUAGUAUCACCUUCAAUUGUAUGGUUAAGUUAUGUUAUAUCCAGUGGAUAUGUUAUAGCAGAUACAGUCCAUAAAGGAUGGAAGGAGUACGAGGGAAAUACAUCAAAAGAAGCAACCAAAAAUGCUUUAUAUUCCAUGGCGGAUACCUUAUUAUGGCAGACAUUCGCAUCUGUGCUCAUUCCUGGUUUCAUGAUUAAUAGAAUUUGUGCUGCCACUCAAUGCUUGCAAAGAAAAAGUUGCAAUCCAGUCAUACGGAAUCGGUGGAUGUCCACUGUAAUUGGUUUAGUCUCUAUACCUCUUAUAAUACAGCCUAUAGAUCACAUAGUUGAUGAAGCAAUGAAUGUCACGUAUAGAAAGUGGGUAGGAUAUUACCCUAAAUGACUAUUAAUAUAAAUUAUAGGUGCAAAUUUUAGACAAUUGACUAAACCUACCUAACUGUCAAGGAAAAUGAAAGUACUGCUGCUGCCAUUAUAAAAAAUCAUAGUACAAUGCAUUCGAAAAUUAUGUAUGCUUUGUUAUAUUGUAUAUAUUAAA